AUGCCAAUAUAUUCCAAGUUCAUGAAAGACAUCAUCUCGAGAAAGCGCCCAACUGAUAUAGACCCGAUCAUCCUAACUGAAACAUGUAGUUCCAUUCUUCAAGGUAUGAAAAUCCCAGUGAAAAAGAAAGAUAGAGGAUCGGUUACUAUUUCGUGCACUAUUAGUGAUAGAAAACUCAAGAAGACUCUGAUUGACUUGGGAGCAAGUGUGAGUUUGAUGCCACUAUCCAUCUACAAGAAAUUAGGCCUUGGUACCAUUCAAGAUACUCGGACGAUGCUUCAGUUUGCCGAUCGUUCUGUUAGGCGACCUUAUGGAAUAGUGGAAGACGUUUUGGUAAAGAUAGAUAAGUUUGUUUUUCCAAUUGACUUUGUCAUUAUGGAAAUGCCUGAAGAUGAGGAGAUUCCUCUCAUAUUGGGAAGACCAUUUUUAGAGACAGGACGGUGCAUGAUAGACAUAGAGGAAGGAACGAUGACCCUCAAAGUCUAUAAUGAAGAGCUAAAAAUUUAUGUGCGGAACAUGAUGCAAUACAAAUAUGAUAUUGGCACAAGCCACACUAUAGAGAUAAUAGAUCAGGUAAUUGCUCAAGAAAUUGAAAAGAAAAUGCCCCAAUCACCGUUAGAACGUGUUUUGAAUUUAUUGAUUUUAGAAAGUGAUGAAGAUGAGGGAGAUUCUGAAGUGCUCGCUAUGAUGGAGAAACAACCUGAAUGGAUUAGAUCUAAACCACACCAGUGGGAAGAUUUAAGACCACCCCACCAUCAGAAAUCACUCAAGAACCCAAAACAGGGGCAGAUCUGA